AUGCAACGAGCAGCCGCUUCCGGAGCUAGCAAUAACUCAACCCCAGCUCAAUCACCCUCAGGAUCUCCCUCAGGCCGCAAGCGCGCCGAAGAUAUAUCUUCCCCAAGCUCAAAGCGACGAAAACUUGCUGAAGAUUCACCCUCCGAAUCUUCCAUAGCACUAUCGAACAGCUCUGAUAUGGAAGCGAUAUCAGCUGCAAUUCGAGCCGAGGAUAGUAAAAGGUCAGCGGCUAUAGCACGACAAGCCGCGGAUGCGGGAGAAACUCAAUGGGUGUUAGAAUACCCUCCUGGGGCUUUAAAGUUCGCAACACCCCGAAAUUCAAUAGGCAAAAUAAAAGACGAAGAAAAUGAUAGCAUUGAAACUACGUAUACAGGGAGGAAAAGCUAUGGGGGUUUCAAGAAGAAAUGCCAAACAGAGGUGAGUGCCCCAAAUAUUUUUUGGACUUAG